AACUUCAUAUGGUAGUGUAUCAAUGUAUUAGAACUCGUGCUCCAAAAAACAGAUGGUAACAAUUCUAAUCUUUCCAUCAGAAAGAGUUUCUAAAACUUUGAAAACGUUUACAACAGAUGUGUAUCUAUAUUUACCGACCCCUAACGAUACCUGGAUCCAGUAAUCUGCAGAAUACAAAGGAAGGCAUCUUGAAUAAGCAGCUGCAGAUGUGUAGCACUUUUGGUGACUGGUUCAUUUAAUACAGGGCAUUUGUGUUUUAUUUUCAGAACGCCUUGUGCAAAACGAACUGAUACGGAAGGAAAACGAACCUGAAAGCAAAAACGCUGCCACUGCAACGGUUUCCUUUUGAGUAAUAUAGAGAUCUAAUAUAGGCUAACAUUCCAAAUUAUUUUUCAUCUGAUCGUUUACUGGGACAAGCACCAAUAGAGAAGUAGGAUUUGCUUCCAAUAUGUGGAGGACAUUUCUACCAGUGCUGUUGUUGGUCACACACUAUCCCUUUAGUACAGCUCUAUUCACUGUGGAAAUGGCUAAAACCUUGUAUCUUGCCGAGUUUGGAAACACUGUCAAAAUGGAGUGCAGAUUCCCGACAGGAGGCAGUCUGGACAGUAUAAAUGUGUAUUGGCACCGCAUGCUAUCUAAUGGCUCGGAGUACGAAGUGUAUACGCUGUUAAAUGGGAACCAGGACCUGCAAUCACAGCACCCUGAAUAUAAAGGGAGAGUCCAUAUGAAGCCAGACCUGCUCAGGAAGGGGCGGGCAGAGCUGGAGAUCUCCAAUGUUAAGAUUUCUGACUCUGGCUCAUACAGGUGCCUCAUCAAAAUGGGAGGGGCUGACUACAAACAGGCCACCCUUAGUGUUAAAGCUUCCUAUAGAAAUAUAGAGACCAAGGUAACAAAUAAGCUGUCUGCAUCAGGGAGAUACAUUGGGUUGAGGUGCCAGGCUGAAGGCUUUCCCUUGGCUGAAGUUAUCUGGAGAGAUGGGAAAGGCCAUCCUCUUAGUGCUGCAAACACCACCCAUGGAGUAUCUGCGGAUGGACUCUACAUUGUAACCAGUGUAAUUAAGCUAAACACAAGCUAUAAUGAGAACUACACAUGCACUUUCCGGAAUGACACAGUGAAUGAAAACUCUUCAGCUUUCCUUUAUGUUGCAGAUUUGAUGGAAACAGAUGAAAGUGAAGAUGCAGUGGCGGGGUCUAUAUUUCUGUGGAGCUUGCUGACAGCGUUCGUGAUCUGUGGAUUGGUAGCGUUUAUAUAUAUUAGGUUUUGGAAGAAAUCUAAAUUUAAAUGUUUGCAUUCAAAAGGACCUGCUGGAGGUGCUGAGGAACAUCUGCAAAGAGUUACUGUAUUUACUGAGCUAAAUGUAGGAAUCAAGAAAGAAAGUGGACGGCUAACACGAUCUGGAGCCGUCACUAAAGGCCAGCACCAAACCGGGACAACACUGCACUUGUGUCACGAUUAACUGAAUUUGCACUACAAACAGUAUAGCACUCACUGUGGACUUGUGAUUGUGUUUGUGUUAAUUGUGGGUUUUUAAAUACCGGGACUAUUAUUUCAGGACUGAACCCGUGUAUUGCCUGUUAUUAUUAUUGUUUACUGUUGUCAUCAGACUUUGUAUUACAAAAUAAACCAUAAUU